AACAUCACUGCAUAUGUCUCGCCCGCCGGACAAUGGAGUUGACAUUCUUGCCUUGGGUCGAAGGUGGCCAGACCAAUGACUCCGACAGGCGGCUUCAGGCUUCGCGUCGACACCAGCAUACCGCGCUAGCUGCACACCGGAAGAAUAGAGAACUCCGCAGCCUGCAACGGAAGAGAUUGCGCAGUGUAGCCAGGUCUGAUCCGAGUCUCGUCUCAUCAGGCUCUUCUGGGCAGCCUUCGCCUUCCCUAAUCCACACACCAUGGAGCAUGACGAGGGACGCUGCCUUGCUGGCGCAAUGUCCCUUUGCAACGGGCUUUGACAUACCCAUUUCGCCUAGAACCAUGCUUGACACGAGCCGCUGGGGCUCGCUGAACCAUUUUGGUCAGCUCGGACUCUCCCACGAGUUCGAGAGGAUCUUCGAUGACGGUAGGGACGAGGUCUGGGUGUUGAGGGAGUAGUGACUGAGACAGUGUUGAAGCAUUGAUCCACCAGUGGCCGGCCUUUGCUUUGGCUACACACGACGCUGCAAUCACAGAGAUUCGAGAGGCUGCCAUCCGCACCUCGCUGUUGGCUCCGCAUUGUCUCUUCGCCACCAUAUAUGCCGGCGAAUGCUACAGGUCUUACUUCGACGGCAGAACACUCCACCAUGAGAUGCUUCAACUUCAAUUGAAACAACAAGCGCUGAAACAUCUCCGAAGAGCCGUGCAGGACCAUGGAGGUGUCGCAUCGGAUGAAGUGCUCUGGACGAUCACUCUUCUGGCAAUUCAUGGCUCCGUCCGUACCCUGAAGCAGCCCCGAUUCACCGUUCCCGUCUACAGAGACAACGAAUUCUAUUCCAGUGUGGAAUUCGAACGAACUCAUCUGCAUGCACUGAGAACGCUUGUCGCCCAGAAAGGGGGUCUGAAGGCUCUGACGCUUCACGGCCUGAGCAACAUGAUAUCAAUGGUCGACACGUUUCAUUCUCUGAUGAAUCUGACCAAACCGGUCUUUCCACCCCUUUAUCCAGCACCACUCCUCGUAGAUUCAUUACGAGAGACGUGGGACGACGUCGCCAAGUCUCGAUUUGCAAACCGUCAAGAUGGGUUCAUUUUCUUGGAGGCUUUCCGGGGUGGUCCCCGGUUGCACCAAAUCAUCUGCCAAGUUCGGGUCCUUCUCGAGACAUUCUCCCUUUGCCUACGCAAUCCCCGCCGAAGCCCGGAUAUCAUGCUCAUGGUCCACACCCGUCGCGUUCUCCAGCACGAUGCCUUGCAAGUUCGAUCGGAAGGAGAUUGUUUUUUUGAAGUCGCCCGCCUUUCUUUCGUUGUAUUCAUGGCCGAACUGGCUUGGACAUUACCGGUCAUUGGUGGCUUCCACGAAAAGGUCACGAAACUCCUGCUGGAAGCCCUGGAAGAAUGUGUCACGCGUCAACACUGGCAGACAUACCCUGAGUUUCUCCUAUGGGCCACGGUCAUGGGCGGGCUUGCUGCACGCCAGGGUCCUCGAGUUUCAAGUUUUGCCGCCAUAUUGCGAGACUCAUCUAUGGCCAUAGACAAGGACUCAUGGGCAUAUGUGAAAAGCGUGUCGCAGAUGUUUCUGCCCUUGGAGUAUGACCUAGGAGACUUAUGCCAUGACUUUUGGGAUGAAGCGUGUGAUUUUCUCUCUGAGAAAACCGUCGAACUGGUGUGAUGAACAUCCUAAACCGCCAUCAAAACAACGACAGAUUUGCCGUACAUGGAACGUACACUUCGUCAAGCAGCUCUUCAAAAAUUUCACGGCGUACUCACUGUGCGGCGAUUCAUCACGGAAUCACCAUCGAUCUUUCUGGCCUCUUUGCCAAACUGGAGGCUGUUGAGUAUGUGGCAAACAGCAUACUAUUAUCGUCCAUCUCAGCUUGAGUCACUGGGCACAACGGAUCGGAUCAGGUCUUGCCUGUGAUCAGAGUCCGCAGGUCGCUGGGUAGUGUCGACAUUGAUAAGUCCGCCUCGGUAUGUUGAUUCACUGACCCUCUACCACGGCCAGAGCCAUGGGCUUAUGGAUCUAGCAACUGUUAUUCAUGUGUUGAAGAGUACGCAACGCGUGUCGAGCGAUUUUGUCGACCCGUUCCGAAUUCUUGAGGCGCAAUCCUCCAGCAUUUCUAUCAUGCAGCCGGCAAAGUGCUCGAAUCUGGGCGGCAUAUUCGAGUCCUUGUCGACCUCAUAUCCCAACUCUUUCCGUGCAUAUAAGGCGUCGACCGCAACCAGAGUGGGUCGCUGAUUUUGUCAGAAUUUAGGAAUACGGGUGUCUCAGACCGCAAACUUUUGGUCUGCUCGAGACCCGGCUAUCACGACGAAUCACACCGACAAAGAAUAGCCGGCCUUGGCUUUGACAAACUCGCCAUUCGACGCGGGGCAAAACUGGGGUAAAUUUGACGGAGAGCAUCAUGCUAUACUGGGAAAUAAUACACUACCCACAAGCUGAGGGGCGGACUGCCCAGUCCUCGGCAAAGGGCAUUACCCCGAUGUAUAAACUUCUGUAAAGAUACAGGGAGGCUUCGCUUCCUCCCACUUACAAAAUCCGUCAGAAACUAGGCCCGCUCCGCAUCAUUCAAAAAGCCUCGGGCAAGCAUCAACAAUUCAGAACUAAGUUGUUGUACAAAGCCGACACCCCUGUUAUUCAAGACAUUCCGGAAGUGCAGCACUUAGCCGAAGCUCAAUAAGCAAGUCAUGGCAGAGCGACGCAAAAGGGGAAGGCCUAAGACUGAGGCGAGCGCCGAUAACUGGUUUGGCGUCGAGGAUGCGAGGGAGAGGAAGCGGAUACAAGAUAGGCUGGCGCAGCGAGCAAGACGUAAGUCGUCACCUUUUGUCCUCUUCUCGUCUCUGUCUGCUGGACCUGGCGCCUAGUACGGAGGUUUCAUAUAAUUCUCCAAACGAGGUGCUGAUGAUCAG